AUGUAUUUUUUAUUAAAUAUCAUUCUUUUCACCCUCAUGCCAAAACUUUAUACUGUUGCUUUUGUUCAUGAUUUUGAUUAUCCUCUCAACGAAAAUAAAACGAGAGCUUGUGAUAACAAUAAUUCCCUAUCUUACCCAAUUAUUUUUCAAGAAUAUGAUGUAAUACCUCAGGUGAUUUUUAAUGUUUGGUAACUCAAUAUGACCAAGGAUGAAAAUGAAGUACAAGCAUCUGUUUCUAAGAUUGAAAAAGGAUCAUUUUUUGUAAAUAUUGCCUGUCCGAAAUCAGGUUCAGUGGAAGCUUUUAAAUUUAAGUGGUCUGCAAUUAAUGACUAAAGAAUAUAAAUAAUAAAUUGUUAUAACAUGACUCAAAUAAAAAAAUCAACUUUUAUUCACGACAACCCUAAUGCAUAAUUAGGUUAUGUCUCCAUUACAAGCAUAGGUUUUAAAGGAGGUGUGAAAUUUUAUUUGAAUAUUACACAACUAAAUAUAACAGCUGUGACUGUUGAUAUUAUUGGUAAUUAUGAAAAUGUUACAUAAUUGGGAUAUCAAAUCAUUCUAGGAGUAAAUGGAUCCUUUAAAAAAUUAAAUGAUUCUUUUAACUCUGAUAACUUUACGAGCCAAAAUUAUAAUGUAGAAUCUAACUCUAUUCUUGCUAAUUGUUUUUAUGGAUUUGACUUUUCCAACUCUGAAAACUUUAAUUUCAUAAGUUCUAUAGAUAGGAAUCAAACAAAUAAUUCAUUUAGUUACAUUAUUCAACCAAUUGGAGGUGGAAGCCAUAAUAGUGUAUUUUUAAUAGCGGAAUAAAUUUAAACGACUUACUUGCCUCUUUAGUUUUAGAAACUAUAAAUCACAUAAUUUGAGGAUUUUGCUCCUUAGACUGAAUCGCUCAUUAUCAUAUUAAAUCAAGAGGAGAAGGAUGAAUUUUCCACUAUAGGAGUGUUUCUGAAAAUUAUUGAUAAGCAAUUUGAUAAAAUCUAAAUAUCAACAAGAAUAAAAUGUGAAACGAAUUAAACUAUAAAAAGCACUUUCAAUAAAUUUAAGAAUUCAGUUUUACAAAAGUCAUUUAAUUUAAUUCAUAGAUGUGAUGAAAACAUAAAGCAAAUCAAAUUUGAUUUGGACUUAACAAAUGCUGAUAAGUCCUUUAACGAAUUAAUAGUAAAUAUUUCAAAGAUGCGUUAUACAGUGUCUCAAAUAAUCUAUAAUUAAGUAAAAGAAGAAUAUAUUUUAUAUGAAAUAUAUAGAUAAUAAUGA